CCAUGAAGGAGGAGGCCUUUCUCCGCCGCCGCUUUUCACUGUGUCCGCCUUCCUCCACCCCCCAGAAAGUCGACCCCCGGAAACUCAGCCGGAACCUGCUCUUCGGUGGAGAGAAUGAGCUCUACCCCCUCAGCCCAGGGAAGGACGUGGAGCCCAAUGGCCCAUCGCUGCCGAGGGAUGAAGGGCCCCCGACCCCAGGCUCUGCCACAAAGGGGCCACCGGCAGAAUACAGGCUGUACAAUGGGUCCGACAAGGAAUGUGUGUCCCCAACAGCCAAGGUCACCAAGAAGGAAGCUCUCAAGGCACAGAAAGAGAACUACCGGCAGGAGAAGAAGCGAGCCACGAAGCAGCUGUUCAGCGCCCUGACGGACCCCAGCGUGGUCAUCAUGGCUGACAGCCUCAAGGGCCCCAAGGGUGAGAGUGUGGGCUCCAUCACACAGCCCCUCCCCAGCAGCUACCUGAUCUUCAGGGCCGCCUCUGAGUCGGACGGCCGCUGCUGGCUGGACGCCCUGGAGCUGGCCCUGCGAUGCUCCAGCCUCCUGCGACUCAGCACGUGCAAGCAGGGCCGUGACGGGGAGCCCGGAUCCUCGCCAGAUGCAUCACCCCCCUCACUCUAUGGGCUGCCCCCCUCGGCCGCCAUCCAUGACCAGGAUCUGUGCCCGCUGAACGGGUCCUCCCUGGAGAACGACGCUUUCUCAGACAAGUCAGAGAGGGAGAACGCCGAGGAGUCGGAUAACGAGAUUCAGGACCGCAGCGGGAGGACCAACGAGAGCGGGAGCGCCCGGUCAGAGGCCCUGGAGGGCCCCGCGCCAAGGGGGACCACGUACGUGGAGCAGGUCCACGAGGAGUUUGGGGAGCUGGGCCAGGCGUCCCAGGUAGAGACUGUGUCGGAAGAGAACAAGAGUCUCAUGUGGGUCCUGCUGAGGCAGCUGCGGCCGGGCAUGGACCUGUCCCGCGUGGUGCUGCCCACGUUCGUCCUAGAGCCCCGCUCCUUCCUCGACAAACUCUCUGACUACUACUACCACGCCGACCUGCUGUCCAGGGCUGCUCUGCAGGGGGACGCCUACAGCCGCAUCAAGCUGGUGCUACGGUGGUACCUGUCUGGUUUCUACAAGAAGCCCAAGGGGAUCAAGAAGCCCUACAACCCCAUCCUGGGGGAGACCUUCCGCUGCUGCUGGUUCCAUCCCCAGACCAACAGCCACACCUUCUACAUAGCAGAGCAGGUGUCCCACCACCCUCCCGUGUCCGCCUUCCACGUCAGCAACCGGAAGGACGGCUUCUGCAUUAGCGGCAGCAUCGCGGCUAAGUCCCGGUUUUACGGGAACUCGCUGUCGGCCCUGCUGGACGGCAAGGCCACACUCACCUUCCUGAACCUGGCAGAGGACUACACCCUCACCAUGCCCUACGCCCACUGCAAAGGGAUCCUGUAUGGCACCAUGACCAUGGAGCUGGGCGGGAGAGUGACCAUCGAGUGUGAGAAGACCAACUUUCAAGCUGAGCUGGAAUUCAAGCUCAAGCCUUUCUUUGGGGGCAGCACCAGCAUCAACCAGAUCUCGGGGAAGAUCACGUCAGGGGAGGAGGUCGUGGCACGUCUCAGCGGGCACUGGGACCGAGAAGUGUUCCUCAAGGAGGAGGGCCGAGGAACCAUGGAGCUCUUCUGGAACCCGAGCGGGGAGGUCCGGGGGCAGAGGCUGAAGAGGCACACGGUGCUGUUGGAAGAUCAGACAGAGCUGGAGUCGGAGCGGCUCUGGCAGCAUGUCACCAGGGCCAUCGGCGAGGGCGACCAGCACAAGGCCACACAGGAGAAGUCUUCACUGGAGGAGAUGCAGCGGCAGUGGACCCGCGAGCGCCAGCAGAACCUCAUGCCCUGGAAACCACAGCUGUUCCGGCUGGACCCCGCCACCCAGGAGUGGCGCUACCGGCAUGAGGACCGUAGCCCCUGGGACCCCCUGAAGGACAUCGCCCAGUUUGAGCAAGAUGGGGUCUUGCACACAGUGCGGCGGGAGACCAUGGCCCACCAGACCACCUUCCUGGGCAGCCCGGGACCCAGGCACCAGGGGCCUGGCCCGGACCGGCGGCUCCGCAAGGCCAGCGACCAGCCCUCCGGCCACAGCCAGGUCACCGAGAGCAGCUCCACACCCGAGUCCUGCCCAGAGCUCUCAGACGAGGAGGAGGAGGAGGAGGAGGAGGAGGGGGAGGAAGACGAGGGGGAGGGGGACGGCAGCAACUUCAUUCCCGGCAGCAGGAGCCCGUGCCCACGGUGUGGGAAGGAGGCGCAGCGGCUGCAGGCACUGCACGAGGCCAUCCUGUCGAUCCGGGAGGCCCAGCAGGAGCUGCACAGGCACCUCUCAGCCAUGCUGAGCUCCACGGCAAGGGCCAGGCAGGUGCCGGCACCAGGCCUCCUGCAGAACCCCCGAUCCUGGUUCCUGCUCUGUGUGUUCCUGGCGUGUCAGCUGCUCAUUAACUUCAUCCUCAAAUGA